AUGUUAGUUUUAGAUACUAUCUUCAGAACAUAUUUUAGAGUAUUAAAAGAAAAUCAAGAAUCUCCAUUAGUUCCUUUAGUUUUAGAAGGAAUGUCUAUUCACACUCAUAAAAUUAAUUAUGACUUUAUGUUAGAUAUUAUCAAAUUAUUACAACAAUUACUUGAAAACAAAGCAGACAAAUUACAACCAAUUGAUACUAUUAGAGUCUGUUAUACUAUUUUUAAUACAUUAAAACUUCAAAAUUUCCUUGUUACAAUUGAUAAUGUUCAAUUUUAUGAAUCAAUGUAUAAGGUAUUAGACCAAAUUCUAUUAUUCCAAGAUGAUUUUAUUGGAGAACAACACAUUGAUAAUAGACAAAAAUUAGUUGGUGUAUUAAAAAUUAUGCUUCUUGAUAUUAAACAAUUGCCUCCAGUUAGAAUUGCUUCAUUUGUUAAAAGAAUAUUAAUUAUGAUGUUGAACUGUGACUCUUCUAUAGCUUUAGACUUCUGUGCUAUUCUCACUUGGAUCUUUAAAAGAUAUCGAGAUACUUUUAUUGGUCUUAUUGAACAAGAAAAUGGAUUUGGUAUUUAUAAUCCAUCAGUCCAACAACCAGACCAUUCAGGUGCAAUCAACUCAUGCUUAUGGGAACUAACAUUGUUACAACUUCAUCAUAGUCCUCAAAUAAGAAAAUGGGUUGAUUCAAUAAAAAUUCUUCUAACUAAACACUGA